AUGACUUUCAACCGGACGCCAAGUCAACCGGCGUCAGAAGUGUUAGACAUGGGAUUCCCCCACCUAUAUGAAUUAAAUUUCCACCAUUCACCUGAUCCAAUGAAGAGCCCUUUAAACUGUCUGGCAGUCAAUCGUCCGGCCAGUACCUCGGCCAAAGAGAUUCCACCGCAAGACAGUCCUCUGGACAUGUGUUUCGAUGCACUUCUGGUUCAACAUGAGCAUCCGGACCAGAUGCCUUUGGAUAUGGGCUUUGGCAUGCAUCCGGUUGAUCAUGCACCUCCGGCUCAACAUGAGCAUCCAGACCAGAUGCCUUUGGAUAUGGGCUUUGGCAUGCAUCCGGUUGAUCAUGCACCUCUGGCUCAACAUGAGCAUCCGGACCAGAUGUCUUUGGAUAUGGGCUUUGGCAUGCAUCCGGUUGAUCAUGCACCUCUGGCUCAACAUGAGCAUCUGGACCAGAUGUCUUUGGAUAUGGGCUUUGGCAUCAAUCCGGUUGAUCAUCUACCAGAUCAGUCAGUUGAUCUUGAACCGGAAGACAGGCCUUUGGAUAUGGGCUUUGGUAUCCAUCCGGUUCAUGAUUUUCCGGAUCAGUCAUUGGAUAAUCGACUUGACGACAUGCAUUUGGACAUGGGAUUUGAGACGCUGGAUCCGGUACAUGUUCUGCCUGAUCACUCGGUUGGUGGACCGGAACCCAUCGGAUUUGUUAUCCAGCGUGCUGUACAAGAUUUGUGCUUGGCGAUCCACUGGUUGGAGAUGGAAAGGAAUCAUGGUACAAUGUCACCGGAAGAAGUGUCUGUCAGCUGGGAAGUUCUUCAGUCCACCAAUGAGUUGUUGUUGUCAUUUCAAUUGAUAUCAAUAUACCGACUGUCGACUUGA